UUGAAUAUUUCUUGAAAAAAUUCUUGCUUUGUUUAUUCUGCAUAAUAAAUUCUACAAAGAAUCUCAAUAAUUCUUAAGAUUCUAAAAAAUUAUUUAACUGCAAAUGAUUUUAAAAUGAAAUCUUUAUCAUUAUUCGAUCAAACUUAUCCAUACAUUCUAAUCAUUACAACUAUUCUAAUCGUUUUUCAUAAUUCACUUGACUGUGAUUUCACAUUUGAUGAUACAUCGGCUAUCAUAAAGAAUCGUCAUGUCCAUACAAAUGAAACCGAUUGGUUUCGUUUAUUCGAUGUCGAUUAUUGGGGAACACCAAUUCAAAGUGAACAUAGUCACAAAUCAUAUCGACCAUUCACAUCAUUAACAUUUCGUUGGAAUCAUCUAUUGUCAUCAGCAUUGAAUCCAUAUGGAUUUCAUUUGACAAAUGUAUGCUUACAUAUAAUUGUUUCUUUUAUUUGUUUCGAAUUUCUUUCAUCAAUGUUGGGUCUACAAAAUCGAUGGCCAGCUUGUUUAUUUACCCUUUAUUUUGCCAUUCAUCCAACUAAAUCUGAAGCCGUUACCAGUAUCGUUGGCCGUGCUGAAUUACUAUGCGCUUUAUUCAUAUUGAUCUCUUUGUUUUGUUAUCUUAAAAGUGCAUACAUAAGUUUUGCUAUUUCAGUUCUUUUGGCUUCAUAUUCGAAAGAACAAGGAAUGACAGCACCGGCUAUCUGUAUAGCUAUUGAAUGUCUUGAAUUAAUGAUACGAUUUAAAUCAUCGAAUCAUUUACCAUUCAGGUUUAGAUUAUGGUAUUCAUUGUGGAAUUUGAAUAUGAUUAAAAUUAUUGCACUCAUCACCUAUACAGCAACAUUGAUCGGUACUCGUAUCUAUUUGACCGGAUCAUCAUUGCCCAUUUUCACUAAAUUUGAUAAUCCAGCUUCGUUUGAAGAAACACCUAUUCGACAACUUACUUACAAUUAUCUUCUGUCAUUGAAUGUUCAAUUGAUGCUGUGGCCACGUUGGUUAUGUGCCGAUUGGACAAUGAAUUCCAUUCCAUUAGUGAAAACAUUCGACGAUCCACGUAAUGCUUGGACAGCUAUAUUCUAUUUAGUUUUCAUAAUUCUAUCUAGUCGAGCUUUUUAUUUGGCCAUCAGCUGUCCAUCAAAACGAUCAUCAAAUAUUGAUCGAUCCAAUCUGCUGAUUUCAUUAAUUCUCAUUGUGAUUCUAUUCAUUCCUGCAUCGAACCUGCUAUUUCCAGUUGGUUUUGUACUUGCCGAACGAAUUCUUUAUACACCAAGCAUUGGAUUCACUGCAUUAUUGGCCAUCGGUUGGUUAAGAAUUCAAAAUUAUUUUCCACGUUCUAGAUUGAUUCGAUUCUUAUUGAAUCUAUCGACAAUAUUAAUGCUAGUCACAUUUGCAUUGCGUACUUAUGAACGAAAUUUUGAUUGGCGUAACGAUCUUACCUUAUUUAAAUCGGGUUUAAAGGUAAAUCCUAAUAAUGCCAAAUUAUAUAAUAAUAUUGGUCAUUAUUAUGAACGUCGUGGUGAAUGGUCAGAGGCUAUAAAAUAUUUUCGUCGAGCAGCCGAUAAAGAUCGUGAAGAUAUUGGUUCCGAAUUAAAUGUAGCUCGAUCAUUGAUACGAUUGAAUCGUUUAAAGGAAGCUGAAGAUUUACUAUGGGCAAUCAAACCUCGUGUACGUACAUCGAUAUUGAAAAAUCGUAUGGUACCACAUUAUCUAAAUAUUUGGAUAAAUUUAGCACAUGUAAUCAGUUUAAAUCAAACACGAUUACAUGAAGCUGAGAAUCUUUAUCAAGAAGUUCUAACAAUUCGAAGUGAUUUUGUUGAUGCCUACAUAAAUCUAGGUGAACUUUAUAUUCGUAAACAUUUAUUUGAUCAAGCAAUAGAAACGUAUGAAAAAGCAUUGAAUCGAGCACGUCAUAUUGAUGAUGGUAAAAAAGCUGAUCUUUAUUAUAAUUUAGCUGUUGCAAAAUCAUUAAAAUUAGAUCAUCAACAACAAAAACCAAAUGACUUAAAACUUCGAUCCAAAUUAACGGAAAUUGUUCAAGAUUUAAUGGUUGCCAUUUCUAUUAAUCGCGAACAUCGUGAAGCUAUCAUUAAUUUAGCCAUAUUACUACAAAAACCCGAAUUUCCAUCAGAUAAUCAAACUGAAUAUCGAACAUUUGCAAUCAAUGCAUUACGUAGUUAUUCACGAAGUAAUGAAUUAGAAUCAUUCCAAUUUAAUAUUGCCAUUACAUUGUUGGAUCUAGGUGGACCAACAAAUCGUAUGGAUGCAAUACAUCAUUUUAAACGUGCAGCUGAAUUAAAACCAGAUUUUCGUAGCGCACUCUAUAAUCUUGCAUUAUUAUAUUAUGAUUUCAAGGAUUAUGAACAAUCAUUAUUCUAUUUAAAUCGUACGCUUGAACAUCAUUCAAAUUAUACAAAAGCAUUAUUAUUGACGGCCGACAUUUAUAGUCGUAUGGGACGUUUAGAUGAUACCGAAAAGACAUAUGCCAAAGUACUUGAAAUGGAUGAAAAUAAUUAUGAAGCUAUUCAUAAUUUAUGUCUGAUCUAUAAACAAACUCAACGGAAAAAAGAACAAGAAAAAUGUCUAUUAAUGCUCAAUGAUUUUAAUUUAAAAUCCAUUUUGUGAUACAUCAUCAUCAUCAUUCCAGAUUCAAUUUUUUAUUUUUUUUUUCUUA